UAGUCUCUAUUUCCGAGAUUUUUAUUGGGUGAUGAUACAGCGUCAGGUUAUGGCUACCCCAAUGAUUUUGAUCUCGUCGAAACUGACGAGACCUAUUAAUGUCUUUAAGCGAUUCUCUGCGAAGCGUGGUUUAGCCUGUCUGUGUAAGAACUUGGAGGGGCGUUCGCGUUAUCGCGCCUCCAGCUUUGUGAGUCGGCAAAGAAUGGACGUGUCCGUAGUACCCAUUCAAUCUGGCUCGGGGGAAUACUCCCACUCCCCCAAUCCAAGCGCCAGAUACCUUCAUUCAUCUUCUAACAUGGCCAGUCCAGAUCUGUCCCUGUUUACGUAUCCCAAUGAGACACCAUUUGUGGAGUUGGACUGCCUCGCAGCCUUUAAUGCUCUCACUGACAAGGAAAAGCUGUAUGCUCAUUAUUUGAGCCAAGCCUCAUGGUAUGGAGGACUUAUUGUAUAUGUACAAACAUCACCUGAAGCUCCCUUAAUCUUUUCCCUCAUCCAUAAAUUGGUGACUGCUGAAAGUGUUGAGGACCUCAAGAAAACAGCUAUUGAAAGCGGUAAAGCCACUGAAGAUGAUGUCAAAGCCCUUCUUGUGUACAUAUCUGGUAUACUUGCAAACAGUGGAAACUACAAGGGUUUUGGUGACAGCAAAAUUGUUCCAAACCUUCCUAAAGAACGUUUGGAAAAUAUUAUUCUCACAAGUGCUGCUCACAAAGCAGACCCUAAAGCAAUUGAAACACUGUGGAAUGCAUGUGCUGAUAAAAUUUAUUCAUUGGAACAUUCACAUCAACAUCUUGGGUUUGGUGACAAGGGCACUACUACCUAUUUCACACCUAACUGUACUUUAAAAGAUUCAGAACUUGUAGGAAACUUUAUGAAAAAGUAUAACUUGGAAGGUUACAACAAUAGAUUGUUCAAGUAUGAAGAUGACGGCAAAACAACUUAUGAGGUUCGAAUGGCAUCUGUUUUGAAUCAGCAGGAUGAUGAACCUUUCCUUAUGAAGGACACCAUCUAUGAAGGCUGCACUUUCCGGGUUACUCGUGGUGAUUACUCAGGUCUGCUGGAACUUGUUUGCCAAAAUUUGGAGAAAGCCAAGGAAUAUGCCUCAAAUGAUUUGGAGUCAAACAUGCUGGAACAGUAUAUCAAGAGUUUUCGCACUGGGUCUUUGGAUGCUCAUAAGAGUGGGUCAACCUACUGGAUCAAAAAUAAGGGCCCGGUUGUUGAGACUUACAUUGGUUUUAUUGAAACGUACAGAGACCCUGCGGGAAUGCGAGGAGAGUUUGAGGGUUUUGUAGCAAUGGUCAAUAAAGAAAUGUCAGCCAAAUUUGGAACCCUUGUUGCACAUGCGGAGUCAUUACUGAAAGAGCUGCCAUGGCCUUCAACCUUUGAGAAAGACCAAUUUCUUAAACCGGACUACACAUCUCUUGAUGUUUUGACAUUUUCAGGAUCUGGAAUUCCUGCAGGGAUCAACAUCCCCAAUUAUGAUGAAAUCCGUCAGUCAGAGGGAUUUAAAAAUGUGUCCUUGGGCAAUGUUAUUCCCACAAGCUUCAAGGGUUUCAGACAUCAAUUCCUCUCUGAAGCAGAUGUGGCUAUGAUGGAUAAAUUUGCAGUGACAGCAUUUGAGGUUAAUGUUGGACUCCAUGAAUUACUCGGACAUGGCAGUGGAAAACUGUUUAGGAAAGAAGGCGAUCAAUAUAAUUUUGAUGUGGAGACUGUGAUUAAUCCAUUAACAAACAGCAAGGUUACAUCAUGGUAUGAAGCUGGUGAUACGUAUGAUUCAAAAUUCACAUCACUGGGCUCAGCAUAUGAAGAAUGCCGUGCAGAGUGUGUUGGCUUGUACCUGUCACUUAAUCAAGAUGUUUUGAAAAUCUUUGGAACUGAGGGUGUAGAAGCAGAAAAUGUGAUGUACACCACCUGGCUCAACAUGCUCUGGGCCGGGUCAGCUAAAGCUUUGGAAAUGUAUUCUCCAGCAUCAAAGAAGUGGCUUCAGUCCCACUCCCAGGCAAGAUAUGUCAUCUUGCAGGUUUGUUUAGAGGCGGGUGAAGAUUUUGUCAAGGUUACUGAAACUGAACCUGGCAAAAAUUUGCUGCUAUCUGUGGAUAGGUCCAAAAUAAAGACUGUGGGCAAGAAAGCCAUUGGUGACUUCCUUGUUAAAUUGCAGGUCUACAAGUCAACUGGUGACGUAAAGAGUGCCCAGGAAAUGUUCAACAAGUAUUCAGAAGUCUCUGAUGACGGUGCUUAUCCCUGGGCGAGGUGGCGUUCCAUCAUCCUUGCCCACAAGCAGCCUCGUCAAAUCAUGGUGCAACAUAACACCAAAGUGAAUGGAAACACUGUUGAAAUCUCCAAGUACCCUGCCACAGCUGAGGGCUUUGUGCAGUCAUGGUCUGAACGCUUCUCCUCCUCAAAGGUAGAGAGUUUGCUGGAGUCCCUUUGGCAAAAGGAUGCCAAAUACUUCUAUGCUGAGCCGCCUGCUAAGCUUUCUGCUGCCUGCUAAUGUACUGCCAACAAUGUAUAUUUUUUCAUAAUUACCUAUUAUCAGUGAUUUAAAGACAACUUUUGAUUUUGAA